GCACUUCGGAUCUCGUCAGUUGCCUGACGUCUUUGCUCUGAUCAACAGAUCAAGAUGCAGGUGCUAGUUAUCUUGCUCGUGUCUCUGGCGGCCGCUGGACUGGCCGAGGACUUCCCGCAGGGCCCAGGUAUUCCGAGAAUAGGAGAUUUCAUUCAGAAGUUCGCCCAGGGUCUCUCCUCGGCGUCCCUGGCUGAGACUCGCAACGCCGUCUUCUCGCCGUUUAGCAUCACGUCCCUGCUGUCGAUGCUCCUGAUGGGCUCCUCCGGCUCGACCUACGACCAGCUCCGCGCCGCUCUUCGGUACCCGCCAAAGUUAGCUGACAAUUUGGUUCACGAAACGUACCGAAACCUCAUGCAGACCCUCCUCCAGGAAAACCCGGGGAUAAUCGUCAGCGUGGCCAAUAGGAUAUUUCUGAACCCCAACGUAGAUAUCUUGAAGGAGUACAGUGACAAUGCGCUGCGGUUUUACAUGAGCGGUUUGGAGCAGGUCGACUUCUCCCACCCGGGUACCGCGAGGGACGCCAUCAACGCGUGGGUGAACCAGAAUACUCGAGGCAAAAUCCCGAAGCUGCUGACCCACGUUGAUCCUCAGACGUCCGCACUGGCCGUCAACACCGUCUACUUCAAGGGCGACUGGAAUAACCCCUUCGAUAAGCAGAGCACCACUCGAGGCAAUUUCAACACGGGCACGCGCAUUAUUAGUAUCCCCAUGAUGUCCACAGUCAUGAGGGUGUUGUACACUGACCUCCCUGCUUUGAACGCUGACAUGAUAGGCUUAACGUACAAGGGGGGGCAGUUCGCGAUGUACUUCAUUGUACCAAAGGGAUCCGCUUCCCUAGCCUCGCUACACACUCUGGAGUCUCAGCUGGAUCCCCAUAUCAUCAAUCGGUACAUCAGAAACAUAUCCGAAAUCCACAUGAACGUCUUCCUGCCUAGAAUGCGACUCAACUUCAAGACCGACCUAGCUGACACGCUCAAGCAAUUUGGAGUCACCGAUCUCUUUGACGCUAGCCGGGCGGACUUCAGCAAAAUGUCAUCCAAUAGAAUCUUCGUCGAUAAAGUCAUUCACGAGACGGUCAUUGACAUCACGGAGGCCGGCACGGAGGCGGCAGCGGCCACGGCAGCAACCAUAGUUCGCUUCGGUUCCUCGCGAGAAUUCGCCGUCAACCGGCCUUUUCUUCUUCUCCUCCGGGAACAGCAGACGGGAGUGCCUCUCUUCUGGGGCAGAGUCGUCGAACCCGAGCCCUUAAAUUAGGCUUACAUGGCUUACAUGCUCCGUUGUUGAUUUUUUGUUGUUAUUGUAGGAAAUUUACAAAAUUUAAGGGCUUACUGUGUUCUUACUUGUUUUUUACUUGUUCAUGUCCUCUCACCCUGAUCUCCCAUAACUGGUGAGCCUCAAGUCUUUCUGUUACAAGUAUUGUCUGUCCCAUGUGAUUGUUAAAUGUAAAAGAAUAAACCAGUCGUCAACUUUA